GUUCACGUCGUUCCGUAACGUGCGUCCAAGAGGACGUCUCCUGCUGGCGUCAUUUGCGCGCCGCCCAGCUUCCCAUGCACUUCUUGUCCUGUCCCGUACUGCAGAUAGAUGUUUCGAUUCCAGUCCCUGGAUGAAGACUGUAUGCUGGAGGAGGAAGAUGAGGGAUUGGUAGACGAGGAAGAUGAAAUUGAUCAGUUCAACGAUGACACCUUUGGAGCAGGGGCCAUCGAUGACGACUGGCAGGAGGAGCACAAGCGCCUCGCCGAGCUCGAUGAGCGGGAUGGGUUAGGAGCGGGGCUGGGGUUUGGAGGAGGGGGGAUGGGAGGAGAGUCAGAUUUAAGUGGAAGUGACCACUCGUCCUCCACCCGACGCCCCUCUUCUGCAGUCCAUCGCCCUCCCCCAUCGUCCCUCGCUUCGCUCAGCUUCUCCACCUCAUCCUCUGAACCACCACCAUCAGAUGUGGAGGAUCGAGUGGGCGAAGGGGAAUUGGCUCAGUCUCUGGCCAGACUCAUCCUGGACGCCGACCCGGCCAUCGCUGGGGUCGGAGCGGCAGAGAGACCCGGUCCAUCGCCCGGGGCUUCAGGGACCAGCCUGUCUGCCCUGCGUGGGCUGGACCAGUCCAGAGUCCUCCCGCAGCCCUCCUCCAUCCCGCACCCCACUCAACCGCACCAGCACCCCCAUCACCCCCAGCACCAGCUGCCCCCUGGACUCCCUGCUUCAGGCCUUCCUCCCUCGUCCAUGCUCAGCUACCAGCAGCAGCAGCAGCACUUGCUGCGGAGAAGCGCCGCUCCGAUGGGCCAGAUGAACUCUCACAGUAUUUGGGAGAACAGCAUGGGUUUUGGCCCUGUAAGCGUCGCCCCAGGAUUGGUCACACACAUGGAGGAUAGUCCCCUCAUGUCCAUAAUCAAAGAGGUGGGCCAUCCUAAACGGCCUCCUCAGGGCAGGAAUGAUGACGGACAGGAUCUGUCAGAGAGAGUUCCUCCUCCACGCUCUUCUUCCCCCGUGAUUGGCUCCCCUCCAGUCAGGGCGGUGCCAAUUGGGACUCCACCCAAACAGCCAAUGAGCCACGCCCUGAAUCACCAGAUCCACCAUCCCACAGCAGUUCAUGUGAGAGCUCCGGUCCAGCACAGAUACCCCGCUCCUUUCCCCGAGCGUCUGUCACCCAACACCCUCCUCAACAUAGCUAACUCUCCUCUGUGUCGCGGCCCGUUCCCUCCCAGAGUCGGUCCUGUUCUGUCUCAGAUUCAACGGGCCCAGCUGCUCAACUCUCAGGUGGCCGGGUUUCCCCGCGGCGGUCCAGCUCCUCCUUUGCUGCCCGGCGGUGGAGGUUUCAGACCAUUCUUCGGGGGCCCUCCUCCUCCACACGGUCACCGAAUGGGCCCGCUGCCUCCCCACGGGCCUCCUAACCACGCACCACCCAUCCGGCACAACACAACUCACCUCCACCCACAGCACCGCCGCAUGCUCACCCAGCGCAUGCAGAGCCGAGGAGGGGACCGCGGCAGGACUGGAAUGGACCGACGCAGCAGAGACCCCUACAGCAACCUGAUGACUCAAAAAGAGAAGGAAUGGGUGACAAAGAUCCAGAUGAUGCAGCUGCAGAGCACUGACCCUUAUCUGGAUGACUACUACUAUCAGAACUACUAUGAAAAAAUGGAGAAGCGCCAGGAGAGAGAACGAGACAGCAGCAAGAAGGAGCACACCACCAAGCUCAUCACUCCACAGGUGGCCAAGGUCGAACACACCUACAGGCCAGUUCAGUUCGCAGGCUCUCUGGGUAAACUGACGGUCUCCAGCGUCAACAACCCCCGCAAGAUGAUUGAUGCCGUGGUGACGACUCGCUCAGAUGACGAGGAGAAACGAGAGAAGCAGGUUUGGAAUAAGAGGCGACAGAUCCUCUACACUGUGGAGAAGAUGUACAGUUUGCUGUUGGAGGUUCAGGACUUUGAGAAGCGUUUCGUCCAGGCGCCGGAGGAGGACCGGGAGACUCUGCUGGAGCAGCACAAAAGCAACACGGAGCAGCUGUGCAACUCUCUGCGGGAGAAAGAGUGGGACGACAGAGUGAGCGAUGAGCAGUGUGUGAUGAUCAUGUCGGUGAGGAAGGGCAAGCGGCUCAUCUCCCGGCUCCUCCCCUUCCUGCCCUCGAUGCAGGCUGCUGCUGUUGUCAUGGCAAUUGCCCGCAACCUUCCUGCUUUAGCCAAGAAGGACAAACAGGACCAGGUGCUCUGCUGGUUAGUGGAGCCGGUUUCUGCGGUGAUCCAGUCAUUAUCGAGCUCCUCCCUCACAGAUCUGCUCCAGGAGCUUCAAGGCAGCGAGGGCCAGCUGUCCGUCAUACUGCACAACAAGUUUGGUGUGACGCUGCUCUACGUGAUCCUGAGUGAAGGAGAGAGGAUGCAGAGCUCCGACGGAAACUGCCAGCUCAUGGAUGACAAUCGAUGGACUGAGCUGGUGUUUUCGGUCACGAGGGAGCUGCUCAGCAUCCCCCCCUCGUCCCUGUCUCCUCCCCUCUUCACCCCUCCCAACCUGCUCUCCCUCUUCUCGCGCUACGUGGACCGGCAGAGGCUCGAGCUGUUACAGGACAAGCUACAGAUCUCUGCUUUGUCCAGGUAGAAGUUACUACACACAUCAACACCACCCGCUCCACACCUGAUGCAGACCUUUCUUUUUGUGUGUGUGUGUGUGUGCGCGUGCAUGUGUGUGUGUGUGCGUGCGUGCGCUCUCUUGAGGGGUGAAUCCAUGGUGGAUCAUUUUAAUCCAGCAGAAUCUCUAGUCACUUUUGUUUUUCUUUGUGUUUAGAGUGUGUGUGUGUGUGUGUGUGUGUGUGUGUGUGUGUGUGUGUGUGUGUGUGUAUGACAGUGACAAACAAUGUCUGAAUGGGAAAAAAAAUUAAUGAAAUCUGCAUUUUUAAAUAUCUUGUUUACGAAAAUGUCUGUGAUGA